AGUUUCGACUCCCAACCUGUUGCACUGAGUGUGAUGGACUUCUGAGCUGCUAUGGAGGCCUCCCAGCAUCUCCAUCAUCACCUUCGUCUCCCGAUGAGCUCAGGUCCAUCGCUAUAGCAACUGGUUGCCACGGGCGACGAGACACAGCCAGCGCCAGCGAGCAUCUUCCCCUCAGUUGUUGUCGAAAGGCAGGCGGAGAAGAGAGAAAGGCGAGGCGCCAGCAGAGCGGCGGGGAGAGACACUGAAGAGCUUUCUGUCUUGUCAAAGUAAAACCCGCCAAAUGUUCAGGAAGAUGUAAAAACAACAAGCGGAUCAAGUCGCCCGGAUUGCUCUACCUCUGCUUCCGUCUCCGGAGAAGCUGCGAGAAGAUGGUAACAACUUGUUCACACAGGAAAGUGUCGCUUCAGCUCUCGGCAUCGUCGGAGUUCAGGUGGUGACCCCGACGCCAAAAAAGACAAAAAACCAGCGGCACCGGCACUCGACACCGCCGCCGCUGCCUCUGCAGGAAAUCUCCGAUUUGACUCCUCUGCUGUAAAGAUGGUUUUCAGUGGACAGAUGAGGAUGAUCCCGAACUGAACCAAUCAGAACCAUCGUCUGAACAUGGCGGACGACCUCUACAGCAGCACCUUCUCAGCCUCUGAAUCAGACUUCCCCUCCUCCUCUUCCUCUUCCUCCGCCUCCUUCCUCACGCUCGAGCAAAGGGCGGCUUUCGUCUUCGUCCUCAUCCUCUUCAUUUUCCUCGGCCUACUGAUCGUCCGCUGCUUCCGGAUCCUUUUGGACCCGUACCGCAGCAUGCCGUCGUCUACCUGGACGGACUACAUGGAGAAGGACACGUUUGAUUACCGGAUUUCCUGACAGGCAGCCUGAGAGGCAGCAACCCUGACAACUCAACGCGUAAACUGAGGCAACGAUCACAUUGACCAAUCAUGGCACCAACACUAAUGCACAUUUUCUUAAUUCUGUUUGUUCUACUAGUCAACCAGAGCAGAAUUUAAUUAACUAUUAGUAAAAGAAAUCACAAUCACCUGAAUAAGCUUUGGGUAAAAAAAAAAUUUUUAAAUCACUCUGCAAA